AUGGCCAUGAAGAUGCUGUACCGUGGACCGAGCACACGAUUGGAGACGUUGAUUGAGAAAAUUCAGCAAAACACGAACCUCGGUGUUGUCGAGCUCUACUCGCCGCACACAUCGUCCAGCUUCUCGCCCUCGAUGUCGGACGGUAUGGCGACACCGAACUCGCUCACGAACGAAACCCAGGACGGUGGUACGCUGUUGGAUUCUGUCGGUGAAAAGGUGUCCACCUUCCGCCCUGGUAGCACACCACACUCCCACCACCACCAUCAUCAUCACCAUCUGCAUCACCAUGGACGCCACCUGCACUAUCGGCGAUCGGUGGCGGGCAAGGAAGGGAAAGCCUCCCGGGCUCACCAUCACCACAACAACAACAACAACAACAGUAGCAGCCACAAUCACAAUAAUCAUGGCACAGGAGGUGGUGGUGGCAACAACCACACGAACAGCAACAGCAAAAACGCGGACGGCACCUAUCACUGUCAGUUCUGCGACAAGACGUUCCCGCGGCUCGGAUACCUCAAGAAGCAUGAACAGAGCCACACGGAGCACAUGCCUUUCAAGUGUGAGUACUGUGCACGGCUGUUCAAACACAAACGGUCCCGUGAUCGCCACACGAAGCUGCAUACGGGCGACCGGCGCUAUCGCUGUUUACACUGUGAGGCCGCCUUUUCGCGCAGUGAUCAUCUGAAGAUUCACAUGAAGACGCACGACAACCAGAAACCGUUCCAGUGUACGAUCUGCAACCGAGGCUACAACACAGCGGCCGCCCUGACGAGCCACAUGCAGAACCACAAGAAGCAGCUGGCGCUCACCGGUAGCCCAAACCUCACCUACAGUCCCCGGUCGACUACGAGCUCUCUCUCGAGCGGUGGUGGAGGUAAACGUAACUCCAAGUUUUCGCCCUAUGCCCCCAGCAACUCCAAUUCCGAUCCACUGCUGCUGAUGGGCGGGGGUGGUGGUGGUGGUGGACGAUCGAGCGCGAAGCACAGUGCAGUCAAGGGUUCUAGCUCCGCUGGCAACUCCAUCAACCGUACACCGACACCCGGAGGGGGAGGAGGAGGAGGAAGAACAGGAGAAGGUGGUUCGAGAGGAGGAGAAGGAAGCAUACCAGCAGGUGGCAAUCCGUCGUCCGAUCAUCUCUCCUGCCUGUACUGCACCCGGACCGACUUUGGUUCACUCGAGCAGCUCGGAAUGCACGUCCAAACGAUGCACGGUGGUCCGCUCGGUUUGCUCGGCACCGGUGAUCCGUUCUUUGGCGUUUCGCAGCAUCUACCACGGGCUGCGUCCGGUGGACGCCGUGCGCUAACACCGGAUGGAUCACCGGCACCGCUCACCGGCACAAGCUACCCACCGAUCGUGUGCGAGUUCUGUACGAUGAAGUUCCCGACGGUGCCGUUAAUGUUUGCCCAUCUGAAGGCCACCCAUUUGGAUCGAUUAACGACGACGGCGGCGGCGGCGAGCACGAUCGGUUGCCAUCGGCUGUCACCGAACGGUGGCCGUGGUUCACCGAUGGGACGCCUUUCGUCCGGCUACCAGCAGUCGCUGGAGCAGCUACACUUUAACAAGAGUCUGCUUAGCAGCACCUUUUCCUCGCUCUACGGUGCCAACCUUGGUGCGUCGGCGGCACCACGCACCCCAUCCUCCGAUUCGGCUGUCAAGGAGGAACGGAGAUCCACCGGUGCUAGGGAUAUCAAUGAUGAGCGAGAACAGGAAUCAGAUGAGGACGAGGACGAGGAAGAUGACGAUGACGGGGAUGUUGAACCGGAUACGAAGCGACGGCGACAGGACGAUGUUCCGGAGCAUCGCUCACCGCUACUCACCGGCGAGCACGAUGACGUCGAUCGUGUGGAAACGGAUCGAGAGGAAGACCAAGAAGGGAAACCGGAUGAGGAAGAUCGAGAAAGGCCACCGGAUGAUCCUGCGAAUGGUCAUAUCAAGCGGGAACGCAAAGAUACCGAUCGCACGACACCCUCCAUCAGCCAUUCAUCAUCUGCCCGAUCUUCACCCUGUGAAUCACACCGUUCCGGUCCCGGAUCACCAUCGCAUGCUCCGACGGCUUCCUCCGAGAGUCUCCGAAGGAACGCAUCCACCGAGCAGCUCACUCCGACCGAUCUCAGCCAACCGAAGAUGAAGCGUCUUAAGCUGGAAGCAGAAACCGACGAACCAGGAGUGGCAGAGUCCGCGCGUAAGCACGAGCAAGCUCCGUCCAGCCAUCAGGAACAGCGACGUGCGCGGGGUAGUGGUAGCAACAGCAGGCGCGAUGCUGAUACCAGGACGGAACAAACGGGAUCACUACUGGCAUCACAUUACCAGCAUCACCAGCAGCACCAUAUGGGUUCCCACUCGGGGUCUAGUGAAACGUGCCACGAGCAGCGACCACAUCUACCACCACCGGCACCAUCACAACCUCUACCACCACCCGGGGCCUACCUCUGCAAUCAGUGUAAUGCCGCCCUGCCCGAUUUUGAAUCGUUCCGCACGCACCUAAAAGCGCAUCUCGAGCAAAGUGCCAGCGUGGCGGCAAUGUCGGGCGGUCUGGCAUCCGGCGGUGCUGGCGGAAAUCCCAUCCUUGGUGGCGGCCCGUCCAGCACAGCGGCCGUUCUCUCGACAUUCCUCUGCCAGCAGUGUGGGGCCACGAUGAGUGGUCAGGCCGAGUACGAGCAGCACACAAUCGGCCAUUACCUGGUGACGGCGAUCGAGUAUCGGUGUCCAUUGGUAGGGGGUGGAGGAGCAACUAGUGGUGGCUGUACUGUGGGCCCGGGAAAAACGGGCAGCUUCGCAAAGGCCGACGAGCUGCAUAAGCAUCUGUACGAGUCGCACCUGCAGCUGCUGUACAAGUGUACCGUGUGUGGUGAGACGUUCGAGUCGAAGGUACAGGUGCAGGUGCACUUUGCCGUUAGCCACUCGGUUGAGGCGAAGCUGUACCGCUGUUCGGCCUGUAACGAAACAUUCCGCACGGAGCGUGACUUCCGGCAACACAUUCGCAACCGCCAUCUAGCACCCGGAGCGGUACAAUGCAUGUUCUGUCGCGUCGUGUGCUCGUCCGAGCUCGAGAUGCACUUCCAUCUUGCUUCGCACGCCAGGAAAUACAAAUGUCCGGCCUGUCCUGAAUCGUUCCACGUAGAGUUCCUGCUCGAUCGACACCUCCAGACACACCACAGUCAGAAGGAGUUAGCUUCGCCGAACCGCAGAGGUGGUGGCGAUGGUGCCAACUCCUCGAACGGACCAUUGAGUAUCGCCACAUCCGGAACGAAUGGCAUACCACCGGCAUCAUCCUGCAGCAGCACUACAACGAGUGCAGCGUCAUCGGUGCCAUCCACCACCGCAACGACUGCGGCCGGGCUGGAGUAUCUUCAACUGCACGGUCAGAUGGCUGCGAUGGCGGCAGCCGCAGCGGCCGCUGCUGCUACUGGUAGCUGGCCAAGCCUUUACCAGACAGCCAACAAAUUUUACGCCAAUCCGGGACUGCAAGUAGACAUGCAGAUGAAACAUCCACCGCAUGGCCUACUCCAUGGGUUCUAUGAUUCGAUGCUUGGAAAGGCACCUCCGCAGCAGCAGCAGCAGCAGCAUCGUGGAGGUUUUCUAGCAGACGCAUCUAGUGCUCCUGGAUCCUCUUCAACCGGCAGUGCCAACAAAAAGAACCCAUUUCUUCCCCUAUCACCGAGUUCUGGAGCGUGCGGCAAGUCAAGCGGCAACCCACUGUUAGGGCUCGGCUUCGGCACGGCCAACCCGUCCCAGAGAGCUCCCGGGGGAAGUGUCCUGAAUGGAUUGUACUCUCCCGAGAGUAUUGCAAACAGUGCACCAGGAAGUGCAUCUAAUUCCGUUACCACAGCUGGAAGCACCAAACUGUACUCCCCGAUCACAAUGAUCCAUCAGCGUCCGUAUGGAGAUAAUGGAAUGGUCUCUGGCACCACUACCACCGCUGGCUCACGAGUGGAUUCCGAAUCACCGGUCGCAGGGGGUCAGUUGGUUAGCUUUCCUGUGCUAUCGGACCACCAGGAAAGCUCCGCUGGUUUGAAGCUAACUACUGGCAAUGGAGGUGCCGGAAAGGGGGUUACUAGUACCGCCAGCACCACAGGCAACAGUAGUAUUACCGGUGCCAAUUCCUGCUACAGCUGUGGUAUCUGCGAGCGAACCGAUUUCAGCACGGAAAGUGAGGUUCAAACACACCGCAAGAUCGUGCAUAAUCUCAAGACGGGUGUCAGCUUGCGCUGCGCGUACUGUAACGGUGACUUCCGGUCGAGAAACGAGCUCGAGAAUCACAUGAAAAUUGCGCAUAACACGGGUGGCGGUAAGCACAAGUGUUUGAUUUGCGAUGAGAUUUUCCCCUCGCCCGCCGUACUAGCCGAACAUAAGCUGGCCCACUGUAAGGUCGGUGCUUCGGGACGCUGUUCGCACUGUAGCCUGCCGCUUCCCGAUGUGCACACGUUCAAGCAGCACCUUCCGGUACACCAGACACCAGCUACGUCAACAGCCAACGCACAGGGCACUAGUACGUCCAGUUCAUCCGCUACCGGAGGUGCUGCGGCUGCUAAUGGAAGUACUGCCUGUGCCAGCACUGCUGCCACUCCCGGUGGUUCCUCAGGGACGACAAGCAGUACAAACGUUGGUGGUUCAAGUGUGGAACAGGACCGAUUCCCGCAGCAGUGCAUCUGCUGCAGGCAGACACUGAAUUCCGAGUUUGAGAUCAGCCUGCACGCAAAAUUCCACACAAAGUCGGCCGAUACGAACGAGCGCACCUGUGCCCUCUGCUUGGAACCGUUACCAUCGCAACCGGAGGCCUCGACCAAGAUCUGCGACGCGUGCUUGAAACGACACAAUUUCCCGACGAAGCUUCUAUCGAUGAACUUCCUCAAACCUGCCGGUCAAUCGGCGGGUGUCUCAGCGACGGGCCCGCCAUCGACCGCUUCCGGAUCGACUGAACAACGGCCGUACACCUCCUCCUCUUCAUCCACCCAACCGGUGGCCCCAGGAACUGGCGGUGCCCCGUCAACAGCAACGACGACAUCACCCGCACCACCGGUUCAGUGCAAUCUGUGCAAGAAGAUGCUCGCAAAUGCACUGAAACUGCAGGAACACCUGAUCGACCAUACGUUCGCGGGGUGCGAGGAACGCGGUUACGUGUGCUACCUCUGUUCGGCCGUCUUUACCUCAUCGGCCGGGUUACAGGCACACCUACCGGUGGCACACUCGAACGCAACCGCCAAACCGUACGACUGUGAGCGGUGCGGUGUGGCGUACUUCUUCCGGGCCGAGCUCGAACACCAUCUGAUCGAGCACGAGGAUCGCGAACGUACGGGAUUACUGUAUCGGGGAGAGUGGCCAGAGCAGCGCCAAGGAGAGGACCCGAGCCAUCAUUCUACCAUCAAGCAGGAACAGGACAGGGACCGGAAUGAGGAAGAAGACGACCAGCAGCAGCAGCAGGUGGAGCAGAACAACGCUGAAGCGGCUGUGAGGGAUUGCCAGGACCAAAGUGAGCUAGAAGAAGAAGCGCAGCAGCCAAUGAUUAGGGAAGCCAAUGAUAGGGAUGAUAAGCGAGCAGAGGAGAAGGUUGAUUCGGAAGAAUCCGAAGCGGAUGACGAAGAGGUUUAUGACGACGACGACGACGACGUUGAAAACCAGAAGGAAGAAGAGGAAGAGUAUAUCGAGGUAGAGCAUACGGUGCUGGAGGAAGGGCAUCACGGAAAGGAACGAUCCAGGAUCGGUUCCCGCCGAUCGCCGAUCGUUACCUCGGUUGCCGUUACAGCAGCAGAAUAGUGAGCUAGUCUCGCAAGUCACACGUGGCAGGUCCUUGAGUAGUAAAUUAUGAAGUAGAAUUAGAAAGUUACUCCUCAUCUUUCUCCCGCCUUAAGUGCACCUCUCCUAUCGCUACCCCCUAGAAGACAAGCUAGCAGUAGAGACCGCCGAGAGUCAUUAGUCGCAGGUCGCUAGAAGACACGCUACAUUCUUUAUUACAAGAGAAAGCUAGAU